CUUUCCUGUUUGAACCGUCACCAGGACGAAAAACUAUCCAAGGCAACAGAUCCAAGCAAAGCUUGGCUUUCCACUCCAAACCCGAGUGUGAAAAGUGACCAGUGAGAAAGGGAUAUUUCUAUUACUUGACCAACGGCAACCAUGCCCAGCAAGAAAUAUGAAGUGUACGUCCAAAAGGGCCGUCCUUGGUACAAAAUCAUCUCGGGGAUCCUCUUCUCCCAUCUCGGUCUCUUCGUUCUGUGCAUUCUCUAUGGAGUCAUUGGUGCCAUGAUCUUCAUCGAGAUUGAGCGACCCGCGGAAGUUUCCAGACAUGAGCUCAAGAUCAGUAAAACCAAGGAAGUGGUCACGGCGGUGAAUUAUCUGAAGAAAAUCUUCUGGCAGUACGCCAAUAAUGAAAAGUACAAUUUCUCGCGGACCGACUUCCGUGAACAGGUUCAUGGAGAUCUGACCACUCUCAAGAACUUUGUGAUAUCCUAUGUGAAUGAUUAUGGAUAUGAUGGGACGGAAGAAUGGAACUACGAUUGGGUGUUUUCCAAGUCGCUUCUGUUCACAAUCACCAUUAUGACUACCAUUGGCUAUGGACAUAUUUCACCCAAGACCUUCGGAGGGAAGUUGUUUUGCAUUGGUUAUGCCUUGGUCGGAAUUCCAUUGCUCCUCGUAUUCAUGAAGGAUAUUGGCGAUUUGAUGGCCGAUGGAGUUCGGUGGAUGUACAGCCGUUUGUGUUGUCGAUGGUGUCGAGUUCGACGUCGCGAUGCCGAGCUCGCCCCAACCGCCGACAAGAAAAGCAAGAACAUUAUGAGUGACGAAGUGGGCAAAGAGACCUACAUGCCCACCGACCUGGUCAUCGUGCCCAUUAUGGUGAAUCUGAUCAUCAUCUUCGUGUUUCUGUUUGUGGGAGCGGUUAUUUUUGCCGCUUGGGAAGGAUGGGAUAUCGCCUCGUCCAUCUACUUCUGCUUUGUGACCCUGACCACCAUCGGAUUUGGCGACAUGGUGCCGGAAAACGCUUUCUUAGAAGCCACCAAGAGCGUGUACGGCAUCUUCAAACUGGCCUUUACCGUGAUCUAUUGUAUUUUUGGAAUCAUGCUGAUCUCUUUGGCUCUCAAUUUGAUGCAAGAGCAAGUCCUGGAGAAAGUCCGGUGGAUCGCGAGUGAGAUUGGCAUGUCCAGCAAUGGCAAUGAUAACGAGGAAGUGGUCAAGAUCACCAAAGGGGAACGCCUCAAGCAAACCCCGGUUGAUAUGACUGGCAACGAGUUGGAUUUCAACGAGAAGCGACACAAGAUCGCGGAAAUGGAGCAACAAGCCGACGGGUUGGCCUUGGGAAUUGUGCCCGAAGAACCUUGAACUCUGUUCUUUGUUUAGUACAGUUGAUGGCCUUUCACUGAUGAGAAAUAGACGGGAUAGUAUAAUAGA